AUGGCGAGGGAGGAGUGCAAGGCGCUGCUGGACGCGCUCAACAAGGCAACUGCAUGCUACCACCACCUGGUGCUGACCGUCGGUGGCUCGGCAGACUCACUGAACCUGCGUGAGGAGCUGCAGAAGACGCGUCAGAAGGCGCAGGAGCUGGCGGUGGCUACCGGCGCCCCCCUGACGACAGCACUGCGAGACAAGGGCUUGCGCGCCGAGGAGCGUGCCGAGUUCCAGCGCCUCUGGGUGGCCUUCUCCGGCUGCCUGGAACUGCUGGAAGCCGACAUGCGGCGCGCGCUGGCCCUGGGCACCGCGUUCCCACUGCACGCCCCGCGGCGGCCGCUUGUGCGCACGGGUGUGGCAGGCGGUGCGACUGGUGUAGCGGCGCGCGCCCUGAGCCUCCGCAACCCGCCGCGCGAGGCGGAGCGGGACCUCGACGUGGAAGAUCUGCGCGAGCUGGAGCGGGAGAUCCUUCAGGUGGGCAAGAUGAUCCACAACAUGGAGAUGAAGGUCAAUGUGCCCCGCUGGACAGUGGAGGCCCGGCAGGCGGCGGGUGCUGAGCUUAUGUCUAGUGCUGGCGCCUCCACGGCGGGCUUUGUGUCCGUAGAAGAGCGCACAGGGCCCUGCGACCGGAGCAAAGCCCUGGCUGCCACGGUUUUCAGCGCCGUGCUGCUGGCGGCUGUGGCCCUGGUGGUGUGCGUGGCGAAGCUGAGCUGA